AUGUUCAACUCGCAGAUUCACACCUUGAACCGAAGCCUAAUCAAUUUGAGGAUCGAGGGCUGUGAAAAUAAAGAUAACUCCGAUGGUUUGUCAUUGGAAAAAGAAUUGGUUCAUACGACUAUAGAUCAAUACUAUUUUUUUCUUGAGCACAACCCGAUUCAACCUAUUAAAAAAUGUGCCCAAGAGUCUAUGAAUUUAAGCGAACAAGGCAACGUCAUGUACAUUUCCAAAAAUCACAAUGCCAAUCAACAUCAACAAAUAUGGAAUUAUUACACUCGAAGCGUUGCCGCGGCCCCCAACGACUCGCAAGAGCUCGCUUUAGCGUAUUCCAACCGAUCCGCUCUUUUGUAUCAUUUGAGAGAGUUCGAUGAAUGUAUCAAAGAUUGCGAUAAAGGAUUUAAGUUGAAUCCCCCGGACCCCCUCAAAGCCGAAUUGCUUUUGAGAAAAGUCGAAUGUUUGAUCGCCAUGGAAAGAAAUACUGCGAAGAAUGUUUGUCAAAAUGCCCUGAAUUUGUGUAAAGGAUAUACGUUAAGUCAUGAAAUUGAAAGAAAAUGUAUUAACAAAUUGCAAUAUUUCUUAGACAAUAAUUUGCAAAUACCUUACAAAAAAAAGAAGACUGAAAACCAUAAGACUAAACCAGCCAUCACUUUCGAAAGAAGCCAAGAAGCACCUUGUGCUUCAUCAGCUUUAGCCAUCAAAUACAGCAACAAAUGGGGAAGACAUAUUGUAGCUGCAAGAAGAAUUGAUCCUGGUGAGGUACUGGUACUUGAGCCAAGUUAUUUUACGUCUGUUAGUAUGUGGGGUAAUUACAUGUUUUGCUCUCAUUGCACCAAACAAACUUGGGCUUCUGUACCCUGCAAAAGUUGUGUGUUCAAUGUUUAUUGCUCUGAUAAAUGUAAGUCAGAAGCAUGGAAAAAAUACCAUCAAUAUGAGUGUAAUGUACUAGCAUAUCUAUAUAAUUUGAACUUUUAUAAUUAUCCUUUUCUGAGUCAAUGUGAACCAGAAAAUAGUCAUAUGUUAGUCAGGUCACUGGCAGCUACUAUUAAAUUGAUGCUUAUUGCUAUAAAUGAAGUUGGAGGAAUUGAUAAUAUGCGUCAAGAGUUGAUUGAUAUUGAAAAAAACAAAGAUCCUAGAACAAAAGGCUUUUUUAAUGGUGUCUUUGAUAGUCAAAAAUGUAGAAGUAUAUACAGUCUUACAACAAUACUUGACAAUGUAGCAGAUGAAACUCUUGGAAUAUUUACUGUAUUGGUCAGCAUUGCGAUACAUCUUUUAGCAACAAAAAGUCCUUUUUUUGGGAAAAAAAUUAAAACUACACCAAAAUUAAUUAUGAAUAACCCAGACGUUAAGUUUAUUGGAGGUCUGCUUCUAAAAACAACACUUUUAUUGCCAAAUAAUAAUCUCAAAGUAAAGAUUCAAUAUCAGUAUUUUGUACACAGAGAAAGUACUAUACUUGGUCAGAAAUUUGGUUCUGCGUUAUAUCCUAUUUGUAGUUUAUUUAAUCAUAGUUGUGAUCCUAAUGUCAUCAGUGUUCCUACUAGAGAAAAUGAACGGAUAGUUUAUAGUAAAUUUACAAUAGAAGAGGGUGAACAGCUCUUCUUAUGCUAUGUUGGUGAUAAUUACACCAGUUGUUCUAAAGAGGAAAGAGCAGAGACAAUUUGGAGUGCUUAUAAAUUUCAAUGUGAAUGUAGAGCUUGUCAGGAAAAUUGGAGUCAGAGCUUACCAUUUGUUAAGGACAUAUUGAGAAAAUCACCUAAAUUGAAAAUUUCUCUUGGAACCAAAUAUAAGUAUAUAGAAAAAUUAAAAGGCACCAUAGUCAAUCAACUUCAAGGCAAUAAUUUUGAAUAUGAUCCCAAAAUGAUAAGUAAUCUUCAAAAAUUAAUGAAGGAGCAUGAAACUUACUUAACUCGUCGCAGUAUGGAUUAUGAGACAUUUGAACGUUUUAUAUAUAUGAUGAUAGUUAAUGCUUUUGGUACAUGGUUGAAUAUCAAUGACUCUUGUUGA